ACGCACUUGAUAUACUCGCUUGGACGUGCACUGUAUUUACAGAAAACAUAGCGUCAGCGUGCAAACUGGCGAGCGAGUGAUCAACUCAGCAAGUCUUAACCGUAAUCGUAUGCCUUAUUUGUGUAAGCAUCAGUAACCAACAAUGCCACCAGGCGUGAAGAUGAUUGACGGCAGCAUGCUGGAGGGCGGCGGCCAGAUCCUGCGCUACUCCGCCGCCCUGUGCGCCAUCACCGGCCAGGCGGUGGGCGUGGAGCGGGUGCGCGCCAAGCGGACGCGGCCGGGGCUGCAGCCGCAGCACCUGACCUCACUGAGGCUGGUGGAGGAGCUGUGCGAGGGCAGCCUGGAGGGUGAGGGGGAGGGGGCGGAAACGGGCAGCCUGGAGGGCGGGGCGGUGGGCAGCAGCCACGUGGUGCUGCGGCCGGGGGCGCCGCGCUGCGGGCGCUACGUGGCGGACACCAAGACCGCGGGCAGCUGCACACUCAUGGUGCAGGCGGCCAUGCCCGUGUGCGUCUUCGCGCAGCCGCCACCUCCGGAGGCCUCGUCCUCCGCCUCCGCCUCCUCCCCAGUCAGCACCCACCUGGAGCUGCGCGGCGGCACGGACGCGGACCUGGCGCCCCCCGCCGGCUACCUGCGUGAGGUGCUGGUGCCGCUGCUGGGGCGGCUGUACGGCGGACUGAUGGGCGGCCUGGCGGUGGAGACGGUGCGGCGCGGCUUCUACCCGCGCGGCGGCGGCGUGGUGACAGCUGUCAUACCCGCCCUGCCCCCCGGCGUGCCGUUGCCCGCCUUCGACCUCACACGCCGCGGCAACAUCACGCAGGUGACGGUCAAGUCCUUCAGUGCGGGCCGCGUCCCCGUCACCGUGGCGAGCCGGCUGGCGGCGGCGGCGGAGGCGGCACUGCGGCGCACUCUGCGCAAGCUGCCCAACGGCGCGGUGGGGGUGCCGCCCAUCCUUGUGGAGGCGACUGUGGAGACGGCGGAGGCCGCGUUCGGUGACGGCUGCGGCGUGCUGGUGUAUGCGGACACCGACACAGGCUGCCGGCUAGGCGCCAGUGCCAAGGGCGAGCGGGGUGUGCCGGCGGAGGAGGUGGGCGAGCGCGCGGCGGCGGAGCUGGCGGAGGCGCUGGAGGCGGGGGCCUGCGUGGACCAGUGGAUGCAGGACCAGCUGAUCAUCUGGAUGGCCCUGGGCAGUGGCGUGUCCCGCCUGGUGUGUGCCGAGCCCACGCUGCACACCCGCACCGCCAUGGUGGUGGCGGAGCAGCUGCUGCCCGGGGUCAAGUUCACGCUGACUCGGCCGGCGGGGGCGGCGGGGACGAGUGGGGAGGAGGGAAGGAGGGGGACGAGCGGGGCGGAGGAGGAGGAGAAGGGGCGAGGGAAGAAGCAGGAGGGUGGCGGUGGCGGAGCCGGGCAAGGGCUGUGGCUGAUCGAGUGCCAAGGCGCGGGCUGGACGGUGGGGAGGACGCUAGAGACGCCUGAAGGGAAAGCGGGAGGUUCAGCCGAGCGAUGAGGGGUUGGGGGCGCCGGGAGGUUGUGGGUCUCGCGUGCAGGUGUCGGUUUACGGGGUCGGGUCUUUUCUUGGACCGGGCAGUUGCGUCUGAUUGUGUGUCGGUGGCGCCGCGCGUCUGACGCGCUUCAACCGCAGGCGAUUUAUGCUGACCGUGUUAGAAGACUGCAAAACUUUAAAUCAAUUGCUUGGGCAGCGGACUGGUCGGGCCAGAACGCGCCUGUGCUGGCGUGCUGUGCCGGGCACCCCCGCGCGUUUCAUGCUGGUGAACCGAGUUCGCCCCAAGGCAGCUUGUUUGCACAUACUUUGCCUUCUGUCAACAUCGCUUUUCCCCUAUGGCA